GAUAGUUAUCCAUUCGCAGGAGAAAGAAAACUCUGAUCCGGAUUAUAUUCCCAUCAACAGCCGCUUUAAAUGCGUACAAGAGGCAGAAGAAACCCUCCUGAUUGAUAUAGCUACAAACACAGGCUGUAAGGUCCGGAUACAAGGUGACGAGAUGGCGGAGCGGCUCUUUGAAAUCCCUGAUGAGGAGCGUUGCUUAGGGUUCCUUUCAGAAGUGCAGAGCAUACAGGAAGCCCACAUGAAGGCUCUUCCUGAACCUAAGGACUCAGCCAGCUGGCACCAGCUGUUUGAAAUUGUUUCUCAGGGCAUUGUGCUUGUUUUUUUCAUUGUAGGAGCUCUGGGAUUUGAGGAUGACUUCAACACUCUAAGCCUAGAAGAGAAAAGAAACAUGCAAAACCACCAAAUGGGAUCUCGCCGGGAACCCCCACCUCCUCCUGUGCCUCAAAAUAGGCAAUUUCACAGAGAGAGAGAAGGUGGAUCAAGAGACCAGCCAAAAGUGACCAACACUAUGCGCAAAAUGUUUUUGCCCAGCACGCAGUCGGGACAAAGAGAAGGCCUCAUCAAACACGUGCUUGCCAAGAGAGAGAAGGCAUAUGUCAACCUUCACAACUUCAGAUUUUUUGUGGGAACGUGGAAUGUGAACGGGCAGUCUCCAGACAGCAGCUUGGAGCCCUGGCUGGUGUGCGACUCGGAGCCGCCAGACUUCUACUGCAUCGGGUUCCAGGAGCUGGACCUCAGCACGGAGGCGUUUUUCUACCUUGAUUCUGCAAAGGAGCAAGAAUGGCUGGCUGCUGUGGAGAAGUCCCUGCACCCGCAGGCUAAGUAUAAGAAAGUGCACAUGGUCCGUCUGGUUGGGAUGAUGUUGCUCGUUUUUGCUAAGAAAGAUCAUCUGAGCAAUAUCAGAGAGAUCAUGACGGAGUCCGUGGGCACGGGAAUCAUGGGAAAGAUGGGCAACAAGGGCGGCGUGGCGGUGAGGUUUGUGUUCCACAACACCACCUUCUGCGUUGUCAAUUCCCACCUCGCUGCUCACGUGGAGGACUUCGAGCGGCGGAAUCAGGAUUACAAGGAUAUAUGUGCUCGGAUGAGUUUUGUAACCGUUGAUGAUAGUCUACCUCAGCUCAACAUCAUGAAACACGAUGUUGUCAUCUGGCUAGGAGACUUGAACUACAGGCUUUGUCUCCCUGAUGCCAGUGAAGUGAAAAGUCUUAUCAGUAAGAAUGAGCUUCAGAAAUUGCUGACAUACGACCAGCUGAAUAUUCAGCGCACUCAUAAGAAAGCAUUUGCAGAUUUCAACGAGGGAGAGAUUAAAUUCAUCCCCACGUAUAAAUAUGACUCUAAAACAGAUCGCUGGGACUCCAGUGGAAAGUGUCGUGUGCCAGCAUGGUGUGAUCGAGUCCUUUGGAGAGGAGGGAACAUAAAUCAGCUCCGGUAUUGCAGCCACAUGGACCUGAAGACCAGUGACCACAAGCCAGUCAGCGCGCUUUUCCGCAUUGGGGUAAAGGUUGUGGAUGAGCAGAAGUAUCGGAAGUUGUUUGAAGACAUCGUUCGUAUAAUGGACAGAAUGGAGAAUGACUUCCUUCCUUCGCUGGAGCUAAGCAGGAGAGAAUUUGAGUUUGAGAACGUGAAGUUCCGUCAGCUGCAGAAGCAGAAGUUCCAGAUCACCAAUAACGGGCAGGUCCCCUGUCACUUCUCGUUCAUCCCAAAGCUCAACGAUAGCCACUACUGUAAGCCAUGGCUUCGGGCUGAGCCUUGUGAAGGUUACUUGGAGCCAGAUGAGAGCAUGGACAUCUCCCUGGACGUGUAUGUCAGUAAGGACUCAGUAACGCUUCUGAACUCUGGCGAGGAUAAAAUUGAGGAUAUUCUUGUCCUUCACUUGGACCGAGGGAAGGACUAUUUCCUUACCAUCAGUGGAACCUACCUGCCCAGCUGCUUUGGCACCUCCCUGGAGGCCUUAUGCCGAAUGAGACGACCGAUUCGAGAAGUCCCAGUCACCAAACUCAUUGACCUGGGAGAAGACAGCUUCUUAGAAAAGGAGAAAUCCGUUCUGCAGAUGGGCUCCCUGGACAGCGAGGAUGCCAGUGAGAUGCCGCUGCAGGUGCCAAAGGAGAUCUGGCUCCUGGUGGACCACUUGUUCAAGCAUGCCUGCCACCAGGAGGACCUGUUCCAGACUCCAGGCAUGCAAGAAGAGUUGGAGCAGAUCAUUGACUGCCUGGACACCAGUAUCCCCGAGACAAUCCCGGGCAGUAACCACUCCGUGAUUUUCCAGCUGCCCCGUUGCCAUCGCAGUGUGUUUCGGUACCUAAUGUCGUUCCUCCGAGAGCUGCUCAGAUACUCAGAAGACAACAACGUCAGUGUCGCCAUGAUCGCCGCCUUGUUCUCCAGCCUCCUCCUGCGCCCCCCGCCCAACCUGAUGGCAAAGCAGACUCAGCAGGACCGCCAGCGUGCCAUCAACUUCCUCUACAGCUUCCUGCUUGCCGGGGAUGAGGAGUGA